AUGUUCGGGAACAGAAAUAGAAGGAGGGCAGCCUCGAAUCCGCCCCUCCAUGGAUCGAAUGCCAGUGCCUCGGCGACGACAGCUGCGGCGUCGGCUUUCCUGAAAAACAGCUCUUCCACCGCGUCGUUAUCAUCGGCCGCCGCUGCGGCAGCGUUACGGGCCCGGCCGACGACUCCCAUAUCAGUAGCAGAUGUCCAGACGAAGCGGACGCUUCGCAGGGCCGGAUCGACAAGCUCUGCGGGGAGUAUGGGCUCGGGUUCAGCGCGGGGCCUGCCAGGUUCGCAACUUCAACGACGAGGUAGCUCUGGAUCUAUGUCAGAAAGGUCAUUCCGGGAGCCCUCCCCAGCACGAUCUCCAUCACGGUCAUCACAGCCGCUGCCCAGCGAUGAUGCGCCGCCCGUUCCUGCGAUCCCCAAGAAUAUUUUGUCCCAUCGACGAUCCUCGAGUCUACAAGCGCCACCAAUGCGAGUAGCAUCCCCACCCCCAAUAUCCGGUGGACGUGGAUCGAGUCUAGGGGCGCAAUCAAGGAGAUCUGGCCAAAGGACAAGCCUAUCGAGCGUGGAAGAGCUACCUAGUAUCGAUCGACCGGCGAGUAGAGGGUCCGUUAAUUUCUCAUUGCCUACUGGUUCAAGACCGUCAUCACCUAAUCCGCAAUGGUCACUAACAUCAUCAUUACAAAGUGCAAGAUCACCAGUCAUUGUCUCUCCUACUAACCAAAAUCUUGUCUAUGACCCUAACACUCGAAGCUUUCUACCGGAGUACGAGAUAUUAGCGAUCGAGCAGAGGAUUCGAAAUGCUACUAAUCAGCCAGUACAGAAGAAGAAGAGAAUCGCGCCCAAGCAAGCCACAGGGACGCAUCUAGCCAAUGGAACCGUUGGAGGGAGGCCGAGAGGGACUGCUGUGGAUGCUAUGGAGGCGAAGUUGAAUGAGCCUUCAGAAUCUAUACCCAUCGAACAACCUACGGCUCUCCCUGAGCAAACACGCGAGCCAUCUCCUACGCCCGCUCCAGUCGCCGAAGCACCAAGGAGGAGGAGGCGGAUGAAAAUGGUGAUGGUUAGCGAUUCCGACUCCGACGGUGACCUGGUUUCGCAUGAUCCAGUGUCAUCGGAUACUGAUACGGAUGUUGUCACCCAGCCUCGGGCAUAUACACCUCGGCCUACGGCAGCUUUGUCCAAGAAGCCGUCGAUUGUAAGAGAGGAGAGAGAGCCCGAGGAAGAGGAGGAGGACACCUUGAAAUCAAAAGCUCGAGAGAGCCUUAUCCAAGAGGAUGCAAGUCCUCUCUCUAGUCGAAACGCUUCCCCGUCACCGAUGCAGAUUUCAACUGCAGGCAAAGCGUACGAGAGGGGCCAAGCUUCGUCGCCUGCUCCGCUUUCUCAGGUCCAAAACCAUGCCAGAUCCGACAAUCAACCUCCGCCGGCCAAUCAAACUAAUAUUACCAAUGGGAUCAGCGAGCCUUCCAUACUCCCGGAUAAAGCUCGAGGGGAUAGGGUACAGUCUGUCAGCCCUGCACGAAAUGCCCAUUUCGCGCACGAACCGAAUAAUCUUGUCGUCAAGCAUAAUCCUCCCCUACGUUCAAUCUCACCCCGGAAAUCCGCGUUGAAAUCCACAAGCAUUCUGAGAGAGUCCUCGCCCUCUGCUGAUAUUCCUAGGGUUGAUAACCAAAAUGCCAGCGAGGUCUCAGAUGAGCUUUCAGUCCCACGAAAGAAAGCCCACCGUGUUAGUUUUGACGAGAGAAACGUCAUUGUUGGUGAGGCCGCGCCAUCUACUGCCACAAGUUCUCCAAUUGUACAAAGCCCGCAAGCAACAAAGAGACCUUGGUAUUCCAUUCAUAGAGGGAAGAGAAAGGAAAACUCUGUGUUGGAUAUUGAUGAUGAUGAGGUCAUGAAACCAAGGCCGGCGUUGCCUUCUUUUGGCAGCGUGCGAGAGAAAAAGGCACAACGAGAGGUCCAAGAACGUCCCUUGGUUAAACCUGCAACGCCCCAGGAAUACGCGCCACCACCUUCCCCGCCGCUAUUCUCUACUACCACGACCGAAGCCGCUGAAUAUCCGACUGGCUUAUCGAAUGAUCACGUAGCUGGCGCGCUUCUUUCACAAGAUGCUGCCACAAAAAACACUGCCAAUAUCUCUAAAUCGAGGGAGCCAUUACCUCCACAGGUCACAUCCGUGGAGGGAAAUGGCUAUUUUUCAGAUAGCAGUAGCGUCUAUAGCCUCGAAGCUGGUGGUUUUGGGCAGGGAACAAACGAUACGUCACAUGACGAGUCUACUUCGAACGUUGGCCAGCAUGACGAAACCAGUUCUGGCAGUGCCCACCUCGACUCAAUCCAGCCAGCGCUAAGCCGCAUACCUACGAAUGAACGGCCGAAAACUCUCGGGGGUAGCGCCCGCGUACCUCAAGUUUCUGCUAUUCCUCCCCCGCCGGUUGUGACAGUUACGAGUCCCCCCAGCGAGUGGCCGGAAAUUCCGGGAGGGUGGAAACAUUUUAAUUCGGAGUCUGACGGCGAAGCUCAAGUCGACAAGCUUCCCACUUUAGUUGAGAAACAUGCUAUACCCCCGACUCCAGCCUCCGUCGGAGUAGCAGAACCAACCCCCGAGGUUCCUCAGCCAGGCUCGCCUGUUUUGGGACAUAUCGCGGCGGAGAACUCCCAAUCGCCGGCCAAUCAUUUCGCUACAGAAGAUAGUGAGGAGUCCGAUGAUAAUAGUAUAUACAGUGACGCCGCCGAAGACCUCUCUGAUCUCGAGGGCGACGGUUUUCUGUCAUUGGAUGCUAUUGUGGAUAGCCCCAUGGGCCCAACAUCACAAGUGGGCAUCGCUAUCACUGCCCCUGAGAGCCCUACACCGAAAUCAACAAAGCAGAGGGCUUACAGGCUAGUAGCAAGACCGGCCGAGCCAGAGCCAGAAGCGGGUUGGCAGAAAGCACAAGAAUACUGGAAAGGGCUGUCGACUGAAAAGAAACGGCAGCUAGAGCUCGAAGCGAUGGCUGAGAGGGAUAGUUCAGAGUCGGAAGUCGAAGUCAAAUCAGCUCCCAAUCCUAAGAAGAAUAAGGCAGCUAUCAAGGCUGCUGGCGGGGUAGGUUCCGAAGGUUCCGAAAGGCACCGGUCCAGCAAUAACGAGCGGUCUUAUAUGAUUUCUCCCGGCACGAAAGCUGAUACUUCUCACUCAAUACCUGCCGAGCUUGCAGACACGCACAUGCGGAAAUCUAUGAGAGAUCAAAGGGCCACCCGUGGUUCGCUGCGUGGCCCAUUGCAAAAACGGCACCGACAUACCUCAAAUUUACCACCCGAGCUCAAGGCAGAUCCCGCCACUGUUGAUGCACUCAUAAAGAAAUUAUCCGCGGAACGUGCCAUUGCGGCAUCCGCUGCAUCAGGGCCCACGGCGGCUCCCAAUGCCCCUGCCCUUCGACGACAAGGCUCUGCGGAUAGUGAAAGUAGUUUCAAGCGCGCUAGACAAGCAAACACAUCCGAUAUUCCUGCUUUCCGCAAUUCGAUGCGGGGUAUCAGAGAUGAAAAUCCGGGUGGACGAAACCAGUCUCCAGCAGGGACAAGAAGAUUUAGCCUUCGCUCGUUAUCGCCAGCUUCAUCAAACUUCCGUCAAACCAUGAGUCCCCCACCAUCCCAGAUGCGAAGCUCGAUGCGUAACGCUAUUGGGCCAGCACCUACGCUUCGCGGCAACAAUCCUCCUUCAGGUGGCAAAUCAGCUUUCCGACUCCCAGGUUUCGGUCGUUCCGGGCCGCCAAAGCAAGCUACAAGGCCGAGAUCUGGGCCAAUGCGUACAAGUAGAUUCGCGGACUCCAGUGACGAGGAAGAUAGCCAACCUGCCUUCCGAAGCCGCUUUGUCGAAUCUUCUGAUGAAGAGGAUGAACCACUUCCUCGCCGGGCACCGUCCAAGCGCUUCAGCGCCCCCGUUAGCGGAAUACCGGAGCGUCGUAGUGCGGAGAAUGUCGAGUCGAGCGAUUUACCUGACUCUGACGACGAAGCAUCUGCUCCUGUCCAAAAGCGAGCCCAAAAUGGCGUCAUCACAAAACCACAAGCCCAGAACGGAACAGCAAAACCAUCAGCCGGAGGCCCCGCCCUGGCAUCCGGAUCGCUCCGCAGAUCAGGAAGUGGCCGCGGGGCUAUAACUCCUAUCGUCUCAAGCGGCCGCCCCGAUAAAACCCGUCGGGGCAGUAUCAUAAGUAUUCUACGCAGGAAGAAACCCGACCCUUCCUCUAAAGUCCGGAAAAGUGACGCAGAGAGCGCUGCCAGGAGAGAUACACCGCUUGAAAGAUCCCGCUCUGACCUUGCUAUCGUCAGAUCAGGUUCUAUGUCCCCUCGACUACAAAAGAAGAAUCCUUAUCUGCCCACUAGGAGUCAAAGUGUUGGUGGUUCUUGGCCUUUGGCUUCUAAUGAGGAAGGGGCACCUUUUGGCGGUGAUGCGGAAGGCAUUGAAACUGCUAUCACUGGUGGCGACAAGGAUACCAGACCUGGCAUGGGAUCGAGACGAUCAACUGCUGCUAGCAAGAUCGCGGAUGUUGGGUUCUCUAAUGGUGUCGGCGUGGACGGGAUGAAGAAGAAAAAGAAAUUCGGAGCACUGAGGAGGAUGUUCAAGCUAGAUGAUUGA